AGCAAAAUAUCCCCCACCAAAAAUAAGAACAGAUCCAUUGACCAAUAAAAUACCCUAAGCCAUCCACCUGCUCCCAAUUUGUUUCUUUUUUUCAUUUUCACCUAAUAAUGGAAGGCGGUGGACCACCACAGGCGGCGGACACUGAGAUGGCGGAGCAACCCAACCCACAACACCACCAGCAACAGCCGCCACAAAUGGGAAUUGGGUUGGAGAAUAUCCCGGCAACUCUUAGCCAUGGUGGGAGGUUUAUUCAGUAUAAUAUAUUCGGUAACAUUUUUGAGGUCACUGCCAAAUAUAAACCUCCUAUUAUGCCCAUUGGUAAAGGAGCCUAUGGUAUCGUAUGUUCUGCGUUGAAUUCCGUGACAAAUGAACAAGUGGCGUUGAAGAAGAUAGCGAAUGCUUUUGAUAACAAAAUUGAUGCUAAGAGAACACUUCGUGAGAUCAAAUUGCUUCGUCACAUGGAUCAUGAAAACGUAGUUGCAAUCAGGGAUAUAAUCCCGCCACCAAAGAGAGAAUGCUUUAAUGAUGUUUAUAUUGCAUAUGAGCUGAUGGAUACUGACUUGCAUCAGAUAAUCCGUUCUAAUCAAGCUUUAUCAGAAGAGCAUUGUCAGUAUUUCCUUUAUCAAAUCUUACGUGGGCUGAAGUAUAUACAUUCUGCAAAUGUACUGCACAGGGACUUGAAACCUAGCAACCUUCUCUUAAAUGCUAAUUGUGACUUGAAAAUAUGUGAUUUUGGACUGGCUCGUGUUACCUCCGAAAGUGAUUUUAUGACAGAAUAUGUUGUUACAAGAUGGUAUCGUGCACCGGAACUUUUGCUAAACUCUUCAGAUUAUACUGCAGCUAUUGAUGUAUGGUCAGUAGGUUGCAUUUUUAUGGAAUUGAUGGAUCGGAAGCCAUUAUUUCCCGGACGAGAUCACGUGCAUCAGCUGCGAUUGCUUAUUGAGCUGAUUGGCACCCCAUCCGAGGCUGAGUUGGGGUUUUUGAAUGCAAAUGCCAGGAGAUACAUCCAGCAACUUCCUCUUUAUCACCGACAAUCUUUCACCGAAAAGUUUCCAACUGUCCACCCUUUAGCUAUUGAUCUUGUUGAAAAGAUGUUGACAUUUGAUCCUAGACUAAGGAUUACCGUUGAGGAUGCACUAGCUCAUCCUUACCUAUCAUCGCUGCAUGACCUAAGCGAUGAGCCUGUCUGCAUGACCCCAUUUAACUUUGACUUCGAGCAACAUGCAUUAACCGAGGAGCAGAUGAAGGAGCUAAUAUAUCGGGAAGCGCUUACAUUCAACCCGGAAUAUGUGCAACCGUGAUGAUUUACAUGCCAUCUAUUCGUCGAUCGGUGUGGUUUAAAAAUGCUUUAUGAUUGGCUCCUUCCUGUAUAUAUGUUCCAUCCAUGACGGGAUGAAAUCUUGAAUGGAAGAUGACUUUAAUUAUUGGCAGAAUGCGGGAAACUAAAACAGUUCUGUUGGUGUUUGUAAUGGCUCUCUUGAUUUCUUUUGUUGUUUAAUCCGAGCGCUGGAUAUGUAUUUAACAUGAAUAUAUUUAAUUCUUUUAAAGGCUUUUUGUUUACUUGAA